CAACGUGCGCGUCGCGCACUCCAGUCCACCGCGAGCUAUCGGUCGGGUGGAAUCUAUCGUUCUGUCGCAUCUUUGAAUUUUACCCGCCUGUCGAGAUACAUUUAUCUGCUCCAUUCCCUACGCGCGAAGUUUGGGAAUGCGUCCCGCGCGAUCUCGUUGAAUGUUAGUGAGUCGUCCGUACGAGCAAGGACAGUAGAAAUCUAAAAAGUCGAUAGUAGCCAAAAGCCGACAGCAUGAGAAACUCGACGUUACUGAAGUGGGCGCAAAAUUCGGCGAACAAUAAAAAUCAGCCGAAUAAAAAUGGGGGAACGAGCAGAAACUGGAUACACCCACCAGACGCGCUUCAAAAAGGACAUAUCGCUUACCUAGUCAAGUAUUUGGGCAGCACAGAGGUAGAUCAACCUAAAGGCAUCGAUGUUGUCAAGGAAGCGAUUUGCAAGCUAAAAUUCAAUCAGCAACUCAAGAAGAGCGAAGGCACAAAAACGCCGAAGGUCGAGCUUACCAUAAGUAUCGAUGGCGUAGCGAUACAAGAACCAAAAACAAAAACGACGACCAAGAGAAUUAUGCAUCAAUAUCCGUUGCAUAGAAUUUCAUAUUGCGCCGACGACAAGGGAGAAAAGAAAUUUUUCAGUUUCAUCGCGAAGGAGGAGGAUGCAGAGAGGCAUACAUGCUUUGUUUUUGUCAGCGACAAAUUAGCCGAGGAAAUCACACUCACCAUCGGCCAAGCUUUCGAUUUAGCUUACAGGCGGUUCCUAGAAACAUCUGGUAAAGAUUUGGAAGCGCAACGACGCUGCAUGGUGUUACAGCAAAAAAUAAAACGACUUGAACACGAAAACAACGUUUAUCGGCAACGGCUGCAAGAUAUCGCAGCUAUUAAAGGCUCGGCGGAUGUAUCAACGUAUCUAUCACAGCAUAAUCUACCCGACAUUCUUCAUGUACCUAGAGCUCCGUCGGACUCACCGCAAGUCAAUGGCACAAUUAGCAAAACACUGCUAAAUACGAGCAGCGACAGUAACGGAAAUACAUCUAAUGGACCCCAGCAACCGCCGCCAGUUCCGCCGAGAAGUUUCGAGAAAAGUUUCGACGAUGAUUUCAUGGGAAAUGAGCCAGUGUCAACGCCGUCGGUUGGUACGAAAUUAGAAGGACUGUUGAUGGACGAAUUUGAGGAAGAUUUUAAUCCAAGGGCUUACGAGACUGCAACCAAUGGUCUUACCAACCAUCAAUCAAAUAGUAAUUCGCUCCUUAAUGGUCAAGUAUCUUCCGGAUCAAAUUUCUUUUCGCAAUCUAAUGGCACAAUCAGUCCUCCGCCUCUAUUGGCGCCACCACCAAAGACGAAAGAUUCGAGACGUCAAAACGGAGUCAAAGAAGAUCUAUUCGGUAGCAUUCCUUUCAAUCCCACGCCAACGCUAAAUAUAAAGAAUGACUUUAAGGAUCCAUUUGAAAUGGGAGAAUUUGGAGCUUCGACUAUGACGUCAAAUCCUAGCCAGCAAGAAUUGGAAAAUGCUAUUGGUCUACUAGAUAAGAGGCUAUUGGAGAUGAAGGAUGGUUUUAGCAGAGGACUAUGUAUUGGAACUGAUGACUUUUCUUUGGAGAGCUUGGAUCCGCUUCGAAAUUAAACUCAUCGAGCAAGCCGAAAACUAGGAACGCUCGAACAAGAACGUCAUUAGUACUCUCGGAUACAGAGUACGCGAAAAGAUAAAGUAAUUAGGAAUUAUAUCCAUGUAAAACCAAAAUUAGUCAAUUAUUAUUAUCUUGCUCGUAUAUUUAUGAUCAUGCUCGAUAUUUAUAGUACAUAUAUGAAAUAAUUGUAUAAGGUGUGUAUCCUUUUACAUUCGCUGAUAUAAUAUGUACUAUUUUGUUCGCUUUAGAAUUGGGGUCCAAUUUAACGUACUAGGAACGUGUUAUCGUUGUUUCUAAUGAGUCAGUGAGACCAGAUCUCAAGUUGACCGCUAGAGUGGAACGAGAUAUUAUUCUAAUCGAGGUCACAUAAUUUUAGACGAGAAUUUGUUUUACACGCGCGGCGUGCGCAUAUAUAUAUGCAAACAUAUACUAAAACAGAUUUUAUCGCGAAUCUCUCACAUCGACGAUGAUAUACUUGCGUCUUUUAUAUUUUUUAAUGAGAUAUUAAGAAAAACUAAUUAAUAUUGUUAAUCCUGCAGCCACCAAAUCGGAUAAUCGCAAAGACAUUUACUCUUUAAGAAAUUAUUCGAAUCUUUAAAAUUCUAAGAGAUUAAUUAAAAGAGAUUAAUUAAAAGAAAGUCGUAAUAUAUAUCUUAUAUUCGGUUUAGUUUAUAAAUUAAUUUCUUCUUACAUUCAAUCAUCUGUUAAAAAGUGAGUUAGUAGAUGACAAAAAUGGAGCACUAACUAUCUGUAGCAUUAGAGAUCACACUAAUAGUAUGAAUGCAUCGAUUCAUCCAUUGAUUGAAUUUGUACACUCCAUAUAUCCUCUUUCUUUGGUCUGUCAUUUAUUCCUUACACCUUUCUUUUAAAGAUAAUAAUUGAAAAGAAAGGUUUAAUUCUAAGAACAUGAGAGAUUCUAUUUGUAAAUUUUAUAGUAAUCUCUAUUGCAUUAUGAUAAUAAUUAAAUUGACCAACGUAACAUGGAGUGUUAAACGAGUUUAUGCUAUUCAAAGAGGAUUAGUAAUUAUGUACAUAUGGAAUUCUAUAUCUCUUAUUAUUGUUGCUAUAUUGUUUAAGAAUCAUAGUUAAGAAUAUAGCAUAUGAUUAUUACAACUGAAA